UCAAUAUCAAGUUCAAGGCCGCCUUUAACUAUCUUGAAUCCAGCAUCCUCAUCAUUGCAGGUGUGCAGUGUAGGGGAGCGUGAGCACCUGCCAGGCCGCUCACAGUGAUAGAGCCCUCAAGAAGACUAAGAAGCUGUGUUGCCGAGGACCACGUCUGGCUCCAGCAGCUCAGAUGAGGAGGCGUCACGGUUCAGGGAGGCGUGUGACCUCACCCUGUGGAGGACGGCCGCGCAGGGAGCCGCCAAGAAUGAAAUCUGCAGAGCGGAGGCAUCUGAUGAGAAGCCCCAGCCAAGGCGACCAGAGGCAGGCCUUCAUGCUGCUGGAGAAGAUGCGCACAACCCUUGCCGGGGCGCAGGGCAAGGCAGGGUGUGUGGGGCUGAGGCACAAGGAUGGCCAUGGCCCCGGCAUACAGGGCAGGCCAUCGUCAGGCAGGGCAGAGGCCAGCACAGCGAGGGUGGCCACGGCUGCCCCAUCCACACUCUCCCUUCCUGGCCAAGCAGCUCACCUCAAGACUGGACGGGAGAGGCUGAAGGCGCAGUGCAGGGGUGUGGUGGUGCCCUCAGAGUGGAUUCUGUCCGGGCAGGCGGUGCACCCCAGGCCACACCCCAAGAACGUCAGGUAUUUGGAGGAGUACAAGUUGAAGGACCGGUGCGCUGACGGAACCAUUGUAGCCGUGCCGUGCUCCCUGCCAGACAACACCAACACCAACACCACUGCAGGGAAAAAGAAGAAAAAGAAAUGUGUGGUGUGUGUGUCUCAGGCUGGGAAGGAAGACGCCACAUUAUCACACCAGGAGGAAUCACUCAGUAGCCUUCAGAACGGUGGUGUCAGUGAGGGUUCAAGGACAAAGAGGAGAGGUGUGGUGUGUGUGUCUCAGGCUGGGAAGGAAGACCCCACAUUACCACACCAGGAGGAAACACACACUGGCCUUCAGAUGGUGGUGUCAGUGAAGGUUCAAGGACAAAGAGAAGGAGAGGUGUGGUGUGUGUGUGUCUCAGGCUGGGAAGGAAGACCCCACAUUACCACACCAGGAGGAAACACACACUAG